AUGCAAACAAUAUCCAUACCAUACCAUAUCCAUAUCCAUACCUGGAAAAAUAUACCCGAGAUUGUUUACAGCGUGAACAAAAACAUCAGACAGCAGUUACCAGCAACAAAAUCUUAUCAGCAAAGAAAGACUCGAGUGCAAGUAUCAGAUACCAAGUGCCGCGUGUGGAAUGACAAAGUUGAAUCGACAAUACACAUGCUUAGCAUGUGCCCUGCGAUUGCACAAUCAUUAUACACAGCAAGGCAUGACCACUUGUUAAGACCAUUUUACCACUACAUCCUUUACUUGUAUGGUUACGACGAAAGCGACCACAAUAAACCAUGGCAUCUACAAAGACAACCACAACCAGUCUUGGAGAACAAGAUAAGCAAAGUCCAAUGGAAUAUACCAAUCAAAUUAAAGAAGGCAUCAUCAAACGGUGCAAAUCGUAUCGACAAGGCUGUGCAAGACAAAGUGCAGAGCAAAUUGUACCUCCUUGAAGGAACAGUGUGCAAUGUUGGAACCAUAAAAGRGAAAACUAAUCUAAAACAAGAAAAAUACACAGAACUGAGAGAUGGAUUACGGGACUUGUAUAAGAACUACGAAAUUACACAAGUAAAUAUUGUAUUUGACUUCCUUGGAGGCUACAACGUAGGACUAGAAGAAGAUUUGAACAAGUUUAGAGAGGACAAAAGGGAAACACUAUACUUAAUAAGAAAAGCUCAAAAAUGGAUCCUGUGUCAGAACACAGAGAUUACCAAGUUCUUCCACGGCCAUCUGUAAAUACAACCACAUUGCUUAGGAAUACCCUGCAAUGUGGCACUGUAAAUUAAACAAUGAAAUGUUAAAAAUAAAGAUUCCAUAAUAAUAACAAUGAUAAUAAUAAUCAUCAUCAUCAUAAUAAUAAUAAUAAAAUA